ACUCAUUUCAUCAGUUAAAGAGCACUUUUCAUGGGGACGGCUACGUUUGUUUUAAUAUCAUCCUAGGAACAUACUGAUAGAACAAGAGUGAAGCAAGCAGCAAAACCUACAUCUGCCUCUUCAGAGAUGGAUGUGGGAAUAUUGGAGAUCCCGGCAGACCUGUCGGCCAGAUUACGCAGUGCAGCAGGACGUCCUCAAGGGUCAGGAGCAACAGAAGUAGCUCUGCCACAGGUCAAAGCAGACCACAACCUCUCAUUGCCCCAAGACAUUGACAGACACCCUUUCUCCCAAUAUGCCAAAACAGUCCUGAAGGAUGGAUGGUGCCACCCGCAGGGUUUUCCGCUUCAGAAGCCUCUGACGUCUCUGGAUCCUGAUGAUGCCCGCACAGCUCUAGAAAUCUACAAACUGAUCCUGCGUUUCACAGGUGACUCUGAUCUGACAGGAUGGCAGGAACAGAUCUUAGGGAACUAUAUUGUGGAGAAGAGCCAAUUACGGCCCAGCAUCAGAGAUGAGAUUCUAGCACAACUGGUGUACCGCACUUGGGAUGGGGAUAAUGAAGAGAGUGCCCUGCGGGGCUGGUUGCUCCUGGCCUGCUGUCUGAGUGCCUUCACACCCUCUCCUGCCUUGGAGAAACCCCUGCUCAAGUAUGUGUCCGACCGAGGUCCAGGGGAGUAUCGCUCUCUGUGCCAGCACAAGCUCCUCACAUCCCUCCAGCUCCCCUCCCCUGCCUGCAGACGACACCCUCCGAAUCAACUCGAGUGGACAGCAAAUCAGAGAAAAGGAAAGAUGGUGGUGGAAGUUAAAACUUUCAAUGAGGAAAGGUUAACUUUGGAGGUGGAGUCUUGGACCACAGGAGAACAGUUGACCUCUUGGCUUCUUAGCUACAG